AUUCUUCAGUCACUGUCAGUCAGUGGGGUGGUGUCCUAGAAACUUGUAUAUAGUUUAAAUUUUUUUAUAUUCCCUGUUUUUAAAUAAUUAUAAAUCUGUAUAAGUUAAACAUAGAAAAAAUAUCAAUAUAAUGGAUGACCAGGGACGCAAAGUGAUUGUUUGUGAUAACGGCACCGGUUUUGUGAAAUGCGGCUACGCUGGCAGCAAUUUCCCCGCUUUCAUAUUCCCGUCAAUGGUCGGGAGGCCGAUCAUUCGCGCGGAGAAUAAAAUUGGUGAUAUCGACGUAAAGGCAUUCGAUCCAGAAGUAGUGCAGGAUUUGAUGGUGGGAGAUGAAGCGUCACAGCUUCGAUCCAUGCUGGAAGUCAGCUAUCCGAUGGAAAAUGGGGUGGUGCGUAACUGGGAGGACAUGUGCCACGUCUGGGACUACACGUUCGGCCCCAGCAAGAUGAACGUGGACCCAAAGGAGACGAAGAUCCUGCUCACCGAGCCGCCCAUGAACCCCACCAAGAACAGGGAGAAGAUGAUCGAAGUUAUGUUCGAGAAGUACGGGUUCGAUUCCGCGUACAUAGCGAUACAGGCUGUCCUCACGCUGUACGCCCAAGGGCUCAUAUCUGGUGUGGUGGUCGAUUCGGGUGAUGGAGUGACCCACAUAUGUCCGGUGUACGAAGAGUUUGCGUUGCCUCACCUCACGAGGAGAUUGGAUAUAGCCGGCAGAGAUAUCACCAGGUAUCUCAUAAAGUUACUGUUACUGCGCGGGUAUGCGUUCAACCACUCGGCUGACUUCGAGACGGUCCGUAUGAUGAAGGAAAAGCUAUGCUAUAUCGGAUACAACAUUGAACAGGAGCAGAAGCUUGCGUGGGAGACCACAGUACUCGUCGAACCAUAUACCUUACCAGACGGCCGAGUGAUCAAAGUUGGCGGAGAACGAUUCGAGGCUCCCGAGGCACUGUUCCAGCCCCACCUCAUCAAUGUGGAGGGUCAGGGGAUCGCUGAACUUGUGUUCAAUACUAUACAGGCGGCGGACAUAGACAUGAGGAACGAAUUGUACAAACACAUAGUGCUAUCGGGAGGGUCCACCAUGUACCCGGGGCUGCCGUCGCGGCUCGAGCGCGAGAUCAAGCAGCUGUACCUGGAGAGGGUGCUGAGGAACGACUGUGACAAACUGGCGAAAUUCAAAAUCCGCAUCGAAGAUCCUCCGAGACGUAAAGACAUGGUGUUCAUCGGCGGCGCUGUGCUCGCCGAGGUCUGCAAGAACAGAGACAACUUCUGGCUGUCGAAGAAGGAGUAUCAGGAACAGGGUCUGUCCUGUUUACGGAAGUUGGGACCGCGGGCGAGUUAGACUUAGUGUAUUGCAAUAUCAGUGAUUAUUUCCAAUAAAUACAUUUUAUAUUAUUAAUCCAAUAUCGAGCAAAGUCAUAUACCACCAAUACAUAAUAUUGUUCA